UGUGCAGCCUUAAUUCGCUGGCAAAGAAACAUUGUUUUCGUAAUAAUUUGUUGGUUUAAAAUAAUAAAAAGUAGUGAAAAGUGUAGAUGAAAAUGCAGGAAGUGCUUGGCUUAUGGAGCUUCGACGAAAAAGUUAGGAUCUAAGCAUAUUUUUGAACAUUUUGUUUUCGCAUUUGGCAAAGUGCUCUCCUCACCUACACAAAUGCAAUAUUUAUGAGUAAAUGCAUUCGCCCCCAAUGCAAUUUUUCAUACCUCGCCGGAGCAUCCAUCACAUUUUGCUUCAUUUCAGCUAAAUCAAACUGUGAUGUGCAGCCCGCAAAAUCUGAAACGCAUUUCAAGCGUUUUUAUGUUGAUCUCGUGGCUUGAGGGUGGAGUUUGAGGACCCUCGAAACAAGGAAGAAAGAUUUAUUGUAUGCGAAAAACAAGUUAAUGAAAAUAAGAUGAUGGCAUUCGAUAAACACAAAACGCUCCAAUAUAUCAACGACAGCAGCCGCAGAAGCAAAAGCAGAAGCUCUGGUCAGUAAACAAACUUGGCUGCGAUGGGGUCAUUGUCAUUGUCAUUGGCAGAUGAUUAGAAGAAAGCUAAGCUCGCCCAAGAGAACCGGGGAAGGGGUCGGGUGCUCGGGUCUGGACUGAGUGGCAUUGAGAUUUUAAUGGCUUUUUGUAUGCUCUUCUUGCCCAGGCCAAGAAUUAUGACAAUGCGACAAGAUACUAUCGCUAAUCGAGCCGUUCUGACUCGCUGGUCAGUGGGUGAGAUUUAGUGGGACCGAAAGGAGGACCAAAAAGAGGACUUCUGCGAGACUUUGUGGACUUACUUCAAAGUUCAGUUAACCGAAACCGAGUCGGCGAGACGUAAUUUAUGGUUAACAUAGAGUGCACACAUUUUUAUGGUAUCUAUCAAGUGGGCAGUAAAUCUGGAGAUAAUAUCAUGUAAAUAUACGGCAAAGUAAUUGCAAUGGCCAAGAGUCAAAUAAAUUGUCCCUCCAAGGAAUGUUCACAAGUGGUAAUAAUAAUUGUCUAAUAAACCUAAUCAAUGACUCAGAUCACAACAACUUUUGAAAUUAAAUUGGUUCUUGAUGAUUAGUAUACUCACAAUCCGAAUGGCUCUUUCGCAGGCGGUUGGCAUCCUCGGCGUGACACACCGAUAAAUUAACUCAACAAUGAAAAAUAACAAGGAAAAAUCUCAACAAAGUAGCCACCGAUAUUAUCUGUCCUGCUUAACUCCGGUUUUACUUUGCUUUUUCAUCUUGUCGUCGCUCACUUUUCUGGUAUUUAGCUGAAUAACUCGCAUGCCUGCGAAAAAAGUAGAAGCCGCGGCGACACAAAAGUGAUCAGUUGUGCUCGGAAUUAUUAAUUAAUAUUCUUGCACCUUCCAAAACUGUGUCGAGAUGUGGAGAAAUAACCAAUGCGAGAAUAACAACAGCAAUGGAAGAUCAAGCACUUCAAUAAAGAAGAUAAUAAAAAAACUAAAACAAAAAACUACAGCUUGCUGGCAUGACCGUGAAAGAGUAAAGUGAAAAAUGAGAGCAUAGAGGAAUCGAAGGCGUUUUACCUAAAAUACAUUAGUGCAAGUGAUAAAUAAAAACGGUUUUAAAUUCUGGUAACGUUAAAAAAGUUCGGAUCACUAUUUAAAAAGGAAGCUAAAGAUGUAAGAAGUAAAAAUCAAAUGGAGCUGGAAAAGGGGUCGCUUCCGCUGUGGCACGCGAAUCGAGGAGCGUGCUGCGAUGUCGAGGACCCGGCCACGCCCCUUUUAGUCUUGGUGGCUGAUGUAACGAGGGGACCACUGUAGAGCAGCUGGCCAUGCGGGUCCUUUCACUGGAGCUGGAUAACCCAACCCACAGUCAAAAAUGCCCCAGUUCUGGAAAAAUCUUUGGCUUGUAAUAGACUCCCUUACAGAUCCACCUAGAAGGUCACAGGACAGCGUUUUUCGUGAAAUUCCCGUUAGUAGUCGGAGUCUGCAGACUUUUUUGAGUUUGCAAAGGGGCAGGAGGCCCAAACGAUUGUUGAUUCCAUCUAUAAGCCGCCAUGUGGCUUUCUCGCCAAGCACUUUGGAGCACCAGAAAAACCGGAAGUUAAUAAUGCAGGCAGACACAUCGGCCUUUCAGAAUUUCGUGCGGGAAAUGUACGAGGGAUAUUACGAUCUCGUAAUCUCACAGGAGCGAAGAAAACACGGCUUUCAACCAGAUCAGCAGCUGAACAUUCGCAGGCUGGGAUUCAAGGAUCUCGUGCGGCUUCAGGCAUUGGCCAAUGACUUGUGGAAAAGGAUGGACAGGGGACGCAAGCAGAAGUACAAGGAACUGGCCCUGGAGGCACUGCAUCGCCGUCGUUUGCGCCUGCCCCCCGAUCCCUUUCGCAUACCACCACAUAUCAAAAAAUCAUCCAACAAGUUGAAGAAAACUAGAUCCGUUUUUGUUCGAUUUUGAAAAAAAAGUGAAUAACAGGAACCAACAUGUUCAUUUUCCUAUUAAUACUGCAUUUAAUUAUCACGAAACUUUGUGAGCAAACAACCAAAAACUAAAUUUUCGAUUAUAAAAGAAAUGAAUUUAAUGUUUCUUUAGUAAAAAACUACGUUUACUUUGAGAGUGGGUGGUUAUAAAUUUAAUCUAUUGGAUUGGCUUGUAAACUUGAUUCAAUUUGAUAUGCAUCCUAAUUUUUCAAAGCUUAGUUAGUUAACUAAUGCUUCGUACACUCCAUAGAUGGUUCGAGACUGACCGCAGCUACAUUCGAUUAGCAUACGGAUUACUGUGUCCAUAUCCGGCCUACGUGUGCAUAAUUAGCCGCUCUUUAAUCCGCC